AUGUUUGUCAAACGGUCUCACAGCAAUGCCGAGAGCUUCUCAAAGUAUCGAGCCGGCAAGUCCUCGAGUCGGUCGAAGAGAUCGUUCAAAGAUUCCUCUCUUAGUACCUCGAGGAGGUCUGAGUCUGCCCGCCAUUCAGACUCCUCUCCGAUUACAGACAACCUCAAUUCCGCCAUCAUCACCAUUUGUGUCGGGCCUGACCAGCGUCUCUUUGCUGCCCAUGAGGAUGUGCUCUGUGUAUCCCCUUACUUCUCUGCCUGUUGUCGUGGCCAGUUCUAUGAAUCCCAUACCAAACGCAUAAACUUGCCAAAUGAGCAACCAGAGAUACUUUCAUCCAUCCUCGAGUAUCUUUACAAGGGGGAUUAUUACCCCCGCUUGAUGCAUAACAAGCGUCGGGAUACUUGGCUGCUGGAGGACACUGAUACCACAGGCUCAAGGCCUUCAGCUGAGUCUACCAUUGUCAACCAGGCCGAUGGCACCUUGAUACUAAAGGACACUGCUAUAUACUGUGCUGCUGAGCGAUACGGGCUAGACGAACUGAAGAGGCUGGCUCUUCGAAAGCAAGGCCUCCAGACAGCUAUACAAUGCAGCACCAUCCUCUCCAGUGCUCGAUACGCCUAUGCAAAUACCCCUGACAGUGACUCGAAGCUCAGAGCCCAUUAUCUUGCGUUGAUCAUCCGCUCGCGGUCAACAUUCAAGCGUAGCGGUACCAUGCAACUGGAGAUGGAAGAGGGAGGGAAACUAUUCUUUGACCUCUUUGUUGCCAUGUGUAAUCAUAUGGAUGACCUUACAAAUGCCUCGAAGUCACCCUUCUCUCGUUAG